AAACGAAUGCAAGAGUGCCACACCGCGCUGACUAGACGCUUAGUCAUCUAGUAACUAGAUUUCAAAAGAAAAAAAAAACUAUAAACAUGAAUCCCCUGAAUAUUAUGCUCCGAGGUGUCUCCGUGCUGGUCCUGGUCUGCAUGGUGUCCGCAGCGCCGCAAGGAUACGGUGCCGGAGGCGACGGCGGACUGGGAGUCGAUCUCGGCGGCGCAGGAGGCCACGGUGGUGCAGGAGGCCACGGCGGCAGCGGCGUUGGAGGCGGAAGUGUGCUUCCUUUCGUCUUAGUCGGCAGCGGGAUCCUUCCUGAAAGUGCCAUUGGCGGUGUAGGAGGUGGUACCGGAGGUGGCGCUGCUGGAGGUGUCGUCGGUGGGGAAUACAGCGUGCCAGCUGCCGGGGCUGCUGGAGGCUUCGACGCUGGAGUCGCCGGAGGCUUCGAUGGUGGUCUUGCUGGAGGUUUCGACACUGGUGUUGCUGGAGGAUUUGGCGCUGGCGCCGCUGGAGGCUUCGAAACUGGUGUUGUUGCAGAUGAAUACAGCGCACCAAGUGCUGGUGCUGCUGGAGGCUUUGACGCCGGUGUAGCUGGUGCUGCUGGAGGCUUCGACGCUAGUGCUGCUGGAGGCUUCGACGCCGGUGUAGGUGGAGGCUUUGAUGCUGGUGUAGGUGGAGGCUUCGACACCGGCGUUUCUGGAGGUUUCGUCACUGGAGGCUUCGAUGCUGGUGUUGUAGCAGAGGAAUACAGCGCACCAAGUGCUGGAGCUGCUGGAGGCUUCGACGCCGGUGUAGCUGGUGUUGGUGGAGGCUUCGGCGCCGGUGUAGCUGGAGGCUUUGAUGCUGGUGUUGGUGGAGGCUUCGACGCCGGUGUAGCUGGUGUUGGUGGAGGCUUCGACGCCGGUGUAGCUGGUGUUGGUGGAGGCUUCGACGCCGGUGUAGCUGGUGUUGGUGGAGGCUUCGACGCUGCUCCCGUUGGCGCAGUCGACAGCGGCUUCGUGAGCGACAACAUCAUCCCUCAGGACGCCAUUCGCUCCCUGCCCGGCGCCGCUGCUCCCGCUGCCGAGUACGCCGGCCCCGCGCGCUGAGGCCUCCCGGCGGGCCGCGUGUGGACCCUGCCUGAGCCAGACGAGGUGUAAAUUAUAUGGAAUAAAUUAUUUUUGCUUCA